CAGGAUGAGAACAUUGCCCGGAGAAUUCAGGCAGCUUUUCUUUGAAUCUUGACGCGGGUGUUUAACUAACACUGUGCAAGCCCCUUUUGAUCUGGCAAUGGGGGCACCGCAGCAACAUAAGUAUGUUUUUUAAAAAAAAAAAUAAUUCCUAAAGAAAGCCGAAAUGCACAAGUCACAUCUCGAUCUUCUGUGAAUAAAACGGGGUUAAAGUUUAGCUUGCAUCGAUUGCCAGCGGGACUCCGCAGUGCAGGUGCACUAGCAAGGGGCAGACACGGGUACGGCACCAGGGUCUCGCCGGGCAGCAACGAGGCACCGACUGACCCCGGCGCUGCCACAUAUAGGAGGUUAUGAAGGAAGAAUGGAGUUUCCAGACCAUAGCCGGCAGUUACUGCAGUGUCUGAGUCAGCAGCGUCACCAGGAUUUUCUCUGUGAUUGUACUGUUCUAGUUGGAGACGUUCAGUUUAGAGCCCAUCGUGCAGUGCUUGCUUCAUGCAGCAUGUACUUUCAUCUAUUCUACAGGGACCAGCUGGACAAAAGAGACAUUGUGCAUUUAAACAGUGACAUUGUCACAGCUCCUGCCUUUGGUUUGCUUCUUGAAUUCAUGUAUGAAGGAAAACUUCAGUUUAAUAGCCUACCGGUCGAGGAUGUGUUAGCUGCAGCCAGCUACCUUCAUAUGUACAACAUUGUGAAAGUUUGUAAGGGAAAAUUGAAAGAUAAAGAAUUGUGUGUGGGUGAAAAAAUGAAUGGUAAUGCACUUGGACUGGUGAAAGAAGAGAAUUCUUCAGAAAAUGAUGAACAUAAUUUUGAUGCACAAAGCAAGCAAAAUUGUACUAUUGUGGAUUAUAAAAAUCCCAUGGGCAGUAAAAAGAUUAAUGGACACUCUAGGAGAUUGUCUGAUCUUGUAGGUAUCACCUCUGUAUCUACAGAGCUAGAGUUAUGCAAUGCAACACCUGGAAAAACAAAGUCCACUGUUAAUAGUUCCACAGGACAUGUGCCUCAAAGAACUGCUGACCAUAUCAAGGCCUCUGUUGAUGUGGACUGUGCUCUAGAUCUGUCUUUCAAGCCCGUGUCUGGAAGAGAUUUAUUUUACUCCCCCUGUGUUUCUGGACAGCUGGCCUCCGACAGGCAGCAGCAGGGCACCAUGCCACUUGCUGGAGAUGAGCAAGAGUUGCUGUCAGACCAGGAGGACAGUGAAGAAACGGAUCUGGCAAGUCAGAAUGGGAAUUCUGCCAAUGGCAUGAUCGCGGGAUUUGGACCUGUAUUCCUAGGGAAUGAUAUGGCACAUAAUAACGGAAUAGAACAAGAACGGGACGGGAGUGAGGAUGAAAUGCCGUCGUCUGAUAUUUCAAACACAAGGAUGGUGAUGUCAACAGGACACAUUUUUAUUUGUCCCCUCUGCAGCAAAGGCUUUCCAAGUCCACAUGUUCUUCAGCUUCAUUUGAGUGCUCACUUCAGGGAAAAAGAUGGUCCUCGGGCCAAAAUGCCUACUGAUGGUUCCAUGCCUACCUGCUCGCAAUGCGGGAAAACCUUUUCCUGCAUGUACACACUGAAGCGGCAUGAACGAACUCACUCGGGUGAGAAGCCUUACACCUGUGGUCAAUGUGGAAAGAGCUUCCAGUACUCUCAUAAUCUUAGCCGUCAUGCAGUUGUGCACACCAGAGAAAAGCCGCAUGCUUGCAAAUGGUGUGAAAGACGAUUUACGCAGUCAGGUGACCUGUACAGGCACAUGCGUAAGUUCCACUGUGGUCUUGUCAAGAGCAUUGCAAUCAGAUAAUGCUACAAAGUCCAGCAGUAAAUCUGGAUAUCCUAUUUAAAACUGAUGUGCAUCUCUGGAAAACUUGCAUGGUUUCAGUUAAAGUACAGAACAACAGUUCCACUGCAUGGCUUUCUUGCAUUAAGUGUGAAAGAACACUGCUUUCAAUAUUCUAUAGGUAAACUUUAAAGCUGCAGUACUUAAUACGAAACAUUUUUUCAAUAUUCUGUUACUCUUGUUUAAUAUUGAAUUAUCAUGCUAAAAUAAUGUCAUACUUUCCCAAAAAUGAAAAUUUCAGGAGCUUUGGUCACUAAAGUUGUUUUAGUUUCCAUCUUCUCCUUAGAUCUUAAUGCAUAUAAAUAUACACCAUUCUGGGAUAAGUAUGUAUUAAGGGUAGAGUUUGUCUUUUUCUAUCAUUAACAUAGUAGCCAUAUUUAAAAAUCUAGAAUUCAAUCCACUAUUGAGCAGUACUUUGUUUUACAGACUAUUGUCAAGUAAAUACCCUUGCAUAAUAAAGCUAAUACUGGCAAUUGCUGAAUGGCUAAGCAUGAUCUGUUAAUACCUAAGCAAAUUUUAAAAUAAUUUUUCCUGAGAUAUUUUAUGGUACAAUUACACUGGCAUUAUGAUAUUUCACUUGGCAACAUCACCAAAUACCAUUCCAAAUGAGAGGUAAAUUAAUUGUGAUGUUUUGCUAUACAGUACUGCAGUUUUUAAUCUGUGAAUUUUGGACACUGGUCUUACAACCUGGACAAAUUCAAUUAUGAAGUGUUGCAUUUUGUUGUUUGCUGUGAUUGGAAUAUAGCACUAAGAACAACUACUAAAUGUUAUUGCAUUCUCCUGAUGAAACUUGAUACUGUAUUUAUAGUAUUUUGAUGGUUUGGUAUGCAGUGGUUAUUUUGUUUAAUGUUCUAUUUAGAAAAGUAAAUUAUAAAAUAUUUUUGGAAAUUUAGUUUUCUUCAAAUGUAGUGGUCUUUCUAAAUUAUCAAUGCAGCACAUGGGCAAUGUUAUGAAAAUUGAGUUCUCUGCCUGAUUAAAAGAUUCAUAUAAUAGCAAUUACUACUGAUUUUUUUAAUUGUCUUUGUUUAACCACAUAAAUCUUGUUUUGUGAAAUCUGGUAUCACUGUUAUUUUAAAAAAUAAGUUUCCUGAUCAUUAUUGGGGAUUACUGAACCAUAUCAGAACAGCUACAAAAUUGUUUUGAAAAGGUAAAAUGUGAAUUCAGUUUUUUUUAAUUUGAAGAUCAAAAAGUAUAUAAUGUAUAUUUUAAAAUUGUAUUGCACACUUGAAAAUGUUUUGCACUCUGUUUUAUUUGAUUUUUAAAUUCAAGCUACCAUUACUGCUUAAGAGAAAAGAUUUUUUGUUAAACUGGAUACCGAACCGAAAAUAUCAACAGGUCAAACAGGUGAAAUACAUCAUAGUUUUGUAUAAUCAAAAUUUAUUUAUAGUUUUUUUUGUGAUCUUUUCAGAGUUGUGUGUAUUAUUUGUAUCCUUGAAAUUUAUUAAUGGAGAGUUUUUUUAGUAAUAAUGUAGCAGAGGCAUUGGAGUCCUUUUUUACAGAACUUAUAUUGCAUUUUUAAUAGGAAUUACAUCUUUGUUUCUUUAAGUUUUAACAUUUUAGCGUGGACUUUGGUGGACAAUCGGAAAAUGAAGGGUUUUUAUAUUAUUGAUUAAACCUGUUAGCGCUUAUUCAACAAGAUGUCUACAAUUGUUUUUAUUUUGCCACUGUUUCAGUGUGUUGUAAAACUGUGACAAUCGUGACUAGACUUAUUUUUGUGUGUUUUUAGUUUUAACACUUAAAAAAAACUUUGUAUAUUAAGAUUUCUAAUUUUGUGUGCUUUUUUUUGUUCAAUGCAAAGUCUAAAUGCCUGUAUAUUUUGUGAAGACGUGCCUUCGUAUAUUACCUCAUUCAAUGGAUUGAAUAAUCAGUGCACGGUUGCAUUCUGUUUAGAAAAUUGAACAACUUAUUAAAAGAACUGACAUUUA